AUGAAUCUACGUGUGGUUAUCCUAUUUUUCUGCUUGAUCGUGUUUGCUGUUUGUAAAGUUCACCGAUUUCACCUGGGAAGGCGAUCACACCGGCAUAGGAAAGUUCCCCAUGCCCACCUGCACCUCCAGUUCCGGAAUUCCCUGAGAAGAAAGUACGGAUACACUCCCCUGCGUACAUUGCAUGUUCAUGCUGUGAUGAAUCAAACGAGUGAUUCUGGCAAGGGAGCAGUGUUGAACGAGGACCUGAUCAAUUCCUAUGACACCAACUUUUUCGGGAUCGUUUCGGCGGGUGGUCAACAAUUUACGAUGCAGUUCGACACGGGAUCGUCGGACUUCUGGGUGCCCAGUUCCCAUUGCAGGUUUUGCAUCAAAACGUGUGGCAACAAGUUCUUCCACGAGUCCAAGUCCAAAGCGUUUCGUUCGAGUGGAGUUCCGUUCAGCAUCACAUAUGGAUCGGGUUCCGUGAAGGGAAUUGUGGCCUCCGAUGAGGUCAGUUUCGGGGACCUGAGGAUUCAGAACCAGGGCAUCGGACUGGUCAACGUGUCCGACUCCUGCUCCGUUUUCGAUGGAAUCGCUGGCUUUGCCUUUAAGGAACUCUCGAUGACCGAGUCCGUGCCUCCUUUCCAGCAAAUGAUCGAUCAGAAUCUAGUCGAGCAGCCCAUAUUCUCGUUCCACCUGAAAAGCGGUUCCACAGAUGGUGGCUCCAUGAUCCUUGGUGGCUCCAACUCCAGUUUGUACUACGGCCCUUUGACAUACACAAACCUAACCGAGGCCAAGUAUUGGACCUUUAAAAUGGAUUUCAUUGAGGUGCACGGCAAGAACUCGAGGCGCUGUGAGUCGGGAUGCAAGGCGAUUAUGGAUACGGGAACCUCACUGAUCGUUGGUCCCGUCCCAGAUGUUCUCUUUAUAAACUCCGCCAUCGGAGCCAAGCAUGACGAGACCUACGACCUGUAUAUAGUUGACUGUGCAUCCAUCCCCCAUCUUCCGAUCAUAGUUUUCUCCAUAGCUGGCAAGGAGUUUUACGUAAAGCCACAGACGUAUGUUAUGGUGUAUCAGGACUUUUGCUUCUCCGGUUUCAUGGACAUGCGGGGCCUCACCUACUGGAUAAUCGGAGACGUCUUCCUCAGGGAGAACUACGUGGAGUUCGACUGGGGCAGGAAAAGAAUUGGUAUAGCACCGGCUGUUUAAUGGCUUCGCAAUAUAUUUGGCACUUCUUUAAAAAAUUGAUUUACAUGUUUACAGAUUUUUUGAAGAAAGCAACGUAUUUUAGUUUCUUGACAUUAAUUUUGUUUAGUAAGUUAAUGCUACUAUUAGUUUUGUAUAACUGGAAUGUAUGUUUAUCCAAUCUCUUUAAACUACCAUGAAUUAUUAUUUUAUUAUCGAUCACUUGUUGUUAGUUGCGUAUUAAGUGUAAAAAUCGCAAGCAAAAAUAAAGCAAAUGGAAGUGAUUGAAAUUAUA